AUGUUGAAAACGCUGUUAUUCACGAUUUGGGCAUUUGCUACUACAGCUGUCGCGCUUGAAUGUGUACAAUGCGAUCGCCAAGGUUUUGACUGGCAUUCUGAUGAAGAAAAUGCGCACCAUGCGGAAUUGUGCCAAUUGGGCCAGAUUCGGCCCACCCCAUGUAAAAACGCAUCCCACAACAGCUGCAUCGUCUCCUGGUUCAGAAGUGGAAUGGAUCAAACCCGAACUGUGACGCAGCGAAAGUGUGGAGUGCCCGAGGAUGCGAAGGGUUGUACCUUGUACAACUCAAAAAUCACGCGAAAGGUUCGCCAUUUGAUCAGUCGAGAUACUUCUUCUCGAAAAAGGGAACAGCAGGCGACGUUUGUAGAGGUAUGCUCUGAGGCGUGUGCUGGAGGUGAAUGCCUUUCCUCCGCAAAUCGACUCGCAAGUCUUUUUACCAUCCUCACAAUCACGAGUCUCCAUGCGAUUCAAAACGACGCCACCUCCCGACAGCGGCUUCCUUCAAUGAGUGACAGCCUCGGCGGGUAUGUCGGCGAACCGAUCGAGCCAUUCCGGUGCUGCCGGCUGCGGAUUCGGACGGGUACCUUCGUGAUUGCGUAUUUUGAAUUGAUCCUCAUCUUCACGAACAUAUUAUGCAAAGCGUUGGGUUAUUUGGAGACGGCCUGGAAUUGGGAGCUUCUAUUCUUGGUCGUCGACUCGAUCACGGUGCUUUCGUUGAUAUACGGUACCUGGAGGGCCCGGGCAGCAUUUAUGCAGCCGUUCGUUGUUUUAAAUAUAAUGACAAUAUCAUUGCUAGGGUUGGGGACUGCGUUCUUCAUUACAGCAGCGGUAGAUAAGCAUUCUUAUGCCGGUGAAUAUGUUGAAAUGGAGUUGCGGGACAGUUCUCAUCACCUAGCCGUUUUCUUUGGGGUCGAUCAAUCGUACGUAGUACGAAUCGUUGGCGGGUCCACAGCUCUAAUUAUCGGUCUUACAACGAUUGUGCAUCUGUGGUUCUUCAGAGUGAUCGUUCAAUGCGCCCAGUAUUUUCGAGAGGUCUCCAAGGCGGCGGAACGCUCCUCCAUCGUUUUUGCAGAAGUCUCAAUAGCUGAAUCUGACAAUACCAGUACGGUU